AUGGUGGCGGGCCCACAUACAUCAGCAUUCAGACUGAAACACUGGAUCACAGCCGGGAUUACAGACCUACCAGAGUCAGAGAUAGACGAAUCGUCUCUCGAAUUUCGGCGUCAUCUUCUCAGCGUAGCAGCAUGGAUCGGAGAUAAAAGCCUCGUUGUUAAGCUUGUUGAAGAAGGUUGCAACCAUAAUGACAACCCCUCCAUGUUCCUAACGCCACUCCGCGCCGCAUCCUAUCGCGGUCACAUCGACAUCGUCAAAUUCCUGAUGGUCGACAACUCCGGUGAUGCUCCAGCCUUGCGCGAUCGCCCUCUGUUGAUCAUGAGUUCCGCCGCGCAUCACAACCAUACCGAACUGAUCGAAAUUGCUUUGGACAACUCGUGGCACAGGGGCGAAGUGGAACUAACAUGUAUCCGGAACGCGAUGCACAGUGCGCUCCGGGUAACAAGUGAUUCAGAAACGUUUACACGGCUUUUACAGGAUGCAGAUCCGCCCAUGACCCAAUACGAUAAGAGUGGCCUGUUGUUGAAUGCAGCAGCACAGGGCAAGCUGGCUAUCGUCAAGCAUCUGAUAGAGAGAGAGGGCAUAGGUUCUCAUGGUUUUGAUGCAUCGGUAUUCCAGCGUCGCUACCCAGCAGAGUUAUUAAAGAGUAGCAGGUACCCGAGCCGGUAUUGGAACUCACUUACGUGUGCUGUCAGAACUGGAGAAGUGGAUAUUGUCAAGGUCUUGCUUGAUUCUGGAGCCCAGCUCGGUCAUGCGAUCGAAUGCGCGGCAGCGGGUGGGUCAAAAACACUGGUUAGGCUACUUUGGGAAUAUGGCGAGAGUAAAAACGCUGCUGUACAGGGAGCUUUUUUAAUGGCGGUCGAUCGUGAGGAUACCGGUAUGUUCAAAUUUUUGGGAGAGCUUGGAGCUACGCUUGAUGAAGACGUAAGAGCGCUUUUGAUCAAGCUAGCGCACGAGAGUGGACUUGAGUCAAUGGUUAACUUGCUAACCGGUACACAAGUACACUGA